AUGGCAUCACCACAAAAGCCAACCGCACCCGCCACCUCAGCAGGCCAACAAGUCAUCGCCACAUACGAGCUCCUCGAAACGAUCCUCGACUACCUGGCCCCAACAGACGUCCUCCUCGUCCACAGAGUCAGCCACCAAUUCAACGCUCUCAUCAACAACUCCUCGGUUCUACAGAAGAAGUUCCAGCUCUCCUUAUCCGACAGAGUAGAGAAUCAUCCACUCUUCCCAACCUCCAUCGGCUGGUGCUACAGUUGUCCGCGCCGAGUGAAAUCUGGUCAGCCGGCGCGGUGGAUGCUGGUGUAUGAGCCCAGGCCGGUGGAGCUUGAGCCUGACAUUAAGGCAGAUCCGCAGUCAUGGCAGGAGUUCUUGUUCUGUCGGGCUGCUACGACUCCCGUGGAUAACACUCGAGGUGCCAAGGAUGGACGGGACCGACGAGAGAGGCUUGGGUUGCGGUCGGAUAAGGGCAUCACUUUUGGACAACUGGUCAAGUGGGUAUGGGAAGGAAGGGAUGGACAGGGUAUCUUCGCCGGGCAGUGGUGGAUCUACGUGGACUGCGAAGGGCGUCCUGUUGACGCUUGA